ACAAAAAUGAAAACAUUAGCAGCUCUACUACUUUUAAGUGUAACUUUAAUUUGUGCACUUCCCAUUGAAGAAAGUAACGAAGUAUCGGAGGAUGGUUAUUUUGUUCCACAACUCGAUUGGUCCUUGAAAUGGAUGUCCGCAGAGGAAAUUAAAAAGGAACAACUUAAAACAAAAGCGAGAAAUUGGUUCAAUGACAGACCUGUGGAUUUUCACUUAUACACUCGGAAGAACCCUAAAAAGUCUCAGAAAAUAUCUCCCACCGAUCUAAAGGGUUUGAAAAAAUCGAAUUUCAACAGUAACCAUCCCACAAGAAUCAUCAUCCACGGCUGGCAAAAUAGCCACCAAUCGGAACUUAACGUUGUUAUCCGCGAAGCUCUAUUACAAGUCAUGGACUGCAAUGUGAUCUCUGUGGACUGGAGUCGAAGGCUGAACUACUUCACCUUAAACUACUUAAGCGCCACCUAUAUGGUUCCCAAAGUUGGUGUCAAAGUUGCCAAAUUGAUUGAUUUCUUAGUUGACGAAGGCGAAAUGUCAUUGGAUGAUCUUCAUGUCAUCGGGCACAGUUUAGGUGCUCAUGUGUCAGGUAUAGCUGGCAAAAAUGUCCGUACCGGAGAAGUUCAUACAAUUAUAGGCUUAGAUCCGGCGGGGCCACUCUAUGAAGAUGCUAAGAACGAAGAACGUCUGACCAAAGAUGACGCUCGAUAUGUUGAAGUGAUUCACACCAAUGGCGGUACACUGGGCUUUCUGGAACCAAUUGGACAUGCUGAUUUCUAUGCAAAUGGAGGCCAAGUACAGCCAGGAUGUUUUAAAAUUGAUGUUGUUGGAUUAUGUGCCCAUUUGAGGUCAUAUUGGUAUUAUGCUGAAUCAAUAAUUGAAAAUAGUUUUAAGAGUAUGAAGUGUCAAGGUUAUACAUCGGCCAUUUUGAACACUUGCCAUGAUGUAAUUGAUGAAAUCCGAUUGGGAGGUGCAGAUAAUUAUGAAUUAGCUAGUGGAGAAUAUUACACGCCUGUUAAUGAAUUACCACCUUAUGGAAGAGGGGAUAAAUUUAAUAUGGUUUAAAAUUAAUAAACACAUGUUAUUGUAUUGCAUAGAAUUUUGUAUUUUUAUAAUUUUGCCAGAGGGAGCUUAUAAGGUCACUAUGGCGUAUACGGAACUUUUUUGUUUGUUAAAUC